AUGGCCGCGCGGAACGCAGCUCGAGGUCUGGUAUCAGGCACCACGUCCACCAUCUCCAGGACCUUCCAGCAACAGCUGGACUCGUCAGCCCUCGCCAAACCACGACCGAUUCUCGGCCGUCCAAACCGCGUCGCGACGAGGGCGAUACGAACGGCAGCAUCCCCGCUAAGCUUGCGCUGUCGUCACCAUCACGCGGAGCGCGAGGUCAAUAAGAGCAUGAUUCGGACGCAUAUCCGCCUGCUGGAGAUAUCGCGGCGAAGGUUCACCACUGCUCCGAUACUAAGCCAUGGGCAUAUCGACCCACCCAAGCCCGGUGAAGAGUUGCAUGUGACGUUUAUUGACAAGGACGGCGACCGCCAUGAAUUCGAAGUAUCAAAGGGCGACAACCUGCUGGAUAUUGCGCAGGCAAACGAUCUAGAAAUGGAAGGUGCCUGCGGAGGCUCAUGCGCAUGCUCGACAUGCCACGUUAUAGUCGACGGUGACGAGCUGUACGACAAGAUGGAGGAACCCUCAGACGACGAGAACGACAUGUUGGAUCUGGCAUUUGGACUCACCGAGACUUCUCGGCUGGGCUGUCAGGUCCUCAUGUCUCCGGAGCUCGAUGGGUUGGUGGUCAAGUUGCCGAAAAUGACAAGGAAUAUGCAGGCCUCGGAUUUUGAGAAGAGCUGA